AUGUCCAGCCAGCUGACUUGGCCAAGCCGCUCACAUGGAUGUGGUGCAGUCACCGUCAACGACAUCGGCUCGCGUAUUACCGUCUGCGGAUGGGUGGACCGGAAUCGCGACAUGGGCGGCGUGCAAUUCUUUGACGUCCGCGACCACAGCGGCCUCCUGCAGGUGAUGUGUGAGCCCCAGAGUGUGCCUCCCGAGGUGUCCCGAACCGCCUCCCGGCUCCGUAACGAGUAUGUCGUGUGUGUGCGGGGAGUGCUGAGGGCUCGGAAGGACCCCAACCCGCGGAUACCCACCGGCCAGUUGGAGCUGUUGGCUGAGAGUGUGGACAUCCUCAAUGUCGUCACCCGCCCACUGCCCUUCCCCAUUUCCGAGGCGGAGGAGCAGGAGCCCCCCCGGGAGGACACACGGCUGAAGAACAGGGUGCUGGACCUGCGGUGGGAGGGGGGGGAGAGCUGGUUGAGAGCAGGGGGGGAGGGGAGAGGGGUGCUCCUCCCCCUUCCCCCCCUUACGCUAAAUCUACCCCUCUCCGUGCGCACCGCUGCCGUGUAUAACAACCCCCUGCCGCUCCCCCCCCUCCAUUUCCCCCCCCUCUCCAGGGUCCAGCCGGGGGAGUGGUACGCCCUGCCGCAGUCCCCCCAGCUCUUCAAGCAGAUGUUGAUGGUGGCGGGAAUGGACAGGUACUACCAGAUUGCCAGGUGCUUUCGCGAUGAGGACCUGCGUGCGGACCGACAGCCCGAGUUCACUCAACUGGAUUUGGAGGUGGCCUUCAUGGACGAUGUGGCGCUCCAAGGCCUUAUGGAGCAACUGGUGGCGCAGAUAUUUAAGCAGCUGCUGGGUGUGGCGCUGACGACGCCCUUCCGGCGGAUGUCGUACGCUGAGGCGAUGGACAAGUACGGCAGUGACAAACCCGACCUUCGAUACGGUCUGGAGUUUGUCAACCUGUCCGAGGUCGUUCGGGAGUGCGGCUUCAAGGUGUUUUCCGGGGCGGUAGCUGACGGCGGGGUGGUGAAGGCCAUCCGGGUGCCCGACGGAAAGCGCAUCAGCAACACCCGGAUCAAGCCCCGGGGGGAUAUCGCCAAUGAGGCCGUGGCGGCGGGCUCAGCAGGUCUCGCGAGUAUCCGCGUGAGUGCGGACGGCUCUCUGGACGCGGCUAAGGCCAUCAAGGAGGGGCUGAGCGGUCAGCAGGCGGAGCAGCUGCUAAGGGAGACGGGGGCUGGACCGGGCGACCUGCUGCUACUGGCUGCCGGUCCCACAGAUGUGGUGAAUAGGGCCCUGGACCGAGUACGACAGCUGCUGGGUAAGGAGCUGGGCCUUAUCAAGCCCGGCGACCACUCGUUGUUGUGGGUGGUGGACUUCCCAAUGUUCGAGUACAACCCCGAGGAGAAGCGGUACCAGGUGGGGGGGGGGCCGGGAGGAGGGGGGGUACCCGGGGUGAGGGGAGGGGGGGUACCCGGGGUGAGGGGAGGGGGGAUUGGGGGCGGCAGUUUGCGUAUCUACCGCCGGGACAUCCAGCAGAAAGUGUUCGAGCUGAUUGGACUGAACCCCGCAGAGGCUCAGUCCAAAUUCGGUUACCUGCUGGACUGCUUCGAGUACGGCGCCCCCCCUCACGGGGGCCUGGCGUUCGGUCUGGACCGCCUGGCCAUGUUGCUGGCGGGGGCCCCCUCCAUCCGGGACGUGAUCGCCUUCCCGAAGACGGCCCAGGCGCAGUGCGCACUGACCGGUGCCCCCGCCCCGGUGGCUGACAAGCAGCUGCACGAGCUUCAUGUGGCUGUCGUUAGCAGUGGAGGACCAGGCCAGCAGCAGCAGUAG